UUCUAAUAUCUGCGGCUACCAGGACCGCCGCAACCGAGACGCCGAAUCAGGCAGAUUUCGGCCAGACCUUCCGGCGCAUAUGCACGCUGGAGCUUGUGCCAUUGCCAAAAUUUAUUGCUCAUGUUGCUUCUCUCACAACGUCCCACAUCAUUGAUGCUGCGGCCCUGAAAGCCCGAAAACCUGAGUUGCUGCCGGUCCACAACACCGUUUAAUCGUCGUUACAACAAGCUAAAAAUUUCCAUAACUAUAUAUACUUCUUCACUAUCAUUAGAACCGCUGCCUGCUGAAAGGCAUCGUCCAUAUAACUUUUACAGUCACGCGGAGCGCCAGAAAAGCCGCCUCAGGCUGUGGCUAGUAGCAGUGACCAUAUAAGUGGCAUAUCACUGUCUUACGUGUGUGGUCUGAGACUUCACUCGGCUGGGCAUGUCCAUGGACAGCGCUCACGCCGCCGAUGUGGUGCCUGCAAAGCUUACGCUUCAGACAACUCGACUCGUAAGGUUGUUAUCUGCUGUGGAUACCUUCCCGCGAGGCGGCGUCUACAGCGGCUACUACGCCCUGCAAGCAGCCCUGCGCUAUGAGCACCACUGGGCCCAGCUGCUGCAGCUGCAGGCGGAGCCUGCUACAGCCACCGCCGCCGCGGAUGCUACUGCCGUGCUGAGCGCGCCUCCCUCGCUCGCGCCGCCCGCGGCCGACCCCUCGCCGCGUCACCACGCUCUGCAUCAGCUUCAGGGCGGUGGCGGUGGCGGUGGCGGCGGCGGUGGCGGCGGCGGCGGCGGCGGCGGUGGCAGCCCGGCGUGUGCGGUCCCGCCCCGUGACAUGCUGCCCCCCAUGGACGUGGCGUUUGCGUGGUGGGUGCACCGGCAGGACCCGGCGAUGUACCUACGUGGGCUGGCGGCGGCGGGGUGCGGGCGGGCUGCGGCCACUGGGUUCAGCGGCGUGCAGGCGCUGGGCUUCGGCCCCUCCCGGCAGGAGGAGUGGGCGGCCUGGGCGGCUGUGGGCCGCGGUCCGGUGUGGCCGCCGCCGCCGCCCGGCAGCGACUUUGACCUCACACAGCGCAUGACGUCAGCGCCGCCCGCCUUUGCAGUGACGCUGGCCGAGUCCAUGCAGCGCUACGCGGGGCUGCUGCACUCGUGGCUGCGGCCGCAGUACCUGGACCCGGCCUUCCUGCAGCGGGCACGAGUCAGGUACGCUCGCUUCCUGGCCCUUCACGCCGCCCACCCCGAGCAGCCGCUGCUGGUGCCCGCAGCCGACAUUGCGCUGAUGUGGCACACGCACCUUGCCUUCGCCGGCAGCUAUGCCGCCGCCUGUGAGAGCCUGUUUGGGCACCUGUACGGCGGCAGCGGCGGCGGAGGUGGAGGCGGAGGCGGAGGCGGAGGCGGAGGCGGAGGCGGAGGCGGUGGGGGUGGGGAUGAAGGCGCUGGUAAAGGUGGAGGUGGAGGUGGAGGCGGCAGCAAAGGAGGCGAUGGCGAGGGCCUCUCAGCUGCGAGCUCCGCAGGUGGCGAGGACGAGCAAGAGGCGGCCGCCGAAGGCGAGGGGGGGAAAGAGGGGGAGGAGGCCCUGAGGCAGGGGGUCCUGAGGCAGGGGCAGGCAGGGCCGCCGGGCAAGGUGGGCGAGGCGGAGGCGGAGCGGCGGCGGCGUGUUGUGCUGUGGCGGCCUGGGUAUGUGGAGGCGGAGCGGGCGGAGCUGGUGGCGGGCUAUCGGGCUACUGCGGCGCUGUAUGAGCAGACGUACGGCGAGCCGUACGACGACCCCGAUACCAGCUGGCUGCCGCUGGGGCUGGCCUACCCGCUGGCGGCGCCCAAGAGCCCGCUGAGGCCGCUGCUGCGGCUCUUCGACGACGUGCCGUCGCGGCUUGAAGACCUGUCCCGGCGCAAGGCCGCGGACGCCGCCCGCUCGUGCGGCGCUGCGGCGCUGUCCUUCGCGCCGGGGGCGGUGCCGCGAGCGGGCGCACACGCGCUGUUCGCGGCGUGGGUGGCGGCGCGGGCGCUGGGGCGGGAGGUGCUGGCGGCGCCGCUGUGCGCGUGCCUGCCGGGCGGCGGGGCGGUGGAGGAUGCGCGCAUUGCCAAGGCCGCCGCCACCGCACUGGUGGGCCUGGGCUUCUUCCUGGACCUACCCGCCUGGGGCGGGCACCCCUUCCUGGCAGCCAUUCGCCAGCGCAAGGGGCUUUGGGACGACGUAAAGGCGGCGGACGCGGCAACGGCGGCGGCGGCGGCGGCCACAGCCUCCAGCAGUCCGACUGGCACGGGUGACACGGGCGCAAGCCGCCGGAGCUGUGGCGGCGGCGGCGGCGGCGGUGCAGCAACAGGGCCAUGCACUCCGCGAUCUGGGGCGAAGGGAGCGAGCAGUGUCGCUGAGGGGAGCGCGGCAGCGGAGAGGGCAAAGCGGAGGAGCGCGGCUGGCGGCGGCGGCGGAGCCGCCACACCCGACGGCGACGAUACCCAUUCCAUCGCCGGCGGUGGCGGCAUUGGCGGCGGCGGCAUUGGCGGCGGCGGGCUGAUUGGUCGCUCGCCGUCGCUGACUUCGCGGGGGACGUCGGCGCUGGUGGCGGCGGCGGGCGGCGGGCGGGCGGCGCUGUGCUUCAGUGCUGACGGGCUGGUGGUAGUGCGGGGGCCGUUGGCGCCCACCUUCCGGAUCUACGACGCAGACCACUUUGUCGCCGCCUAUGAGCUCAACUAUGAGAUGCUGGGGGUGGGGGCGGCGCUGGUGGCGGCGGGCGUGGCGGGCCCCCGCGGCCGGGCGCCCUACACCGUGCGUGGGCUGGGCGCGCGGCUGGCGCGGCCCCGCUUUGUGGACGGCCUCACACGCGCCUUCGACCAGCAGUGGGCGGCUGCGACCAGCAGCAACGGCGGGUCGGUGUGGUCCCGGAUCGAGGCCCAGCGAGCCAAGUCAGCCAGGAAGGCGGGUAGCCGGGGUCCGAGCAGCGGCGGCGGUAUGGAAGCCAAGGGUGUUCAGGCCCUGGCGGCGGCUGCCGGUGGCGGCGGCGGCGGCGGCGGCGUGCGGGGAGCUGACUACUACAAUGCGGGGACCUUCAUACCCACGAUCAACAUUCACGUGGACGACGACGACGGCGGCGGCGGCGGCAGCGAUGAGGCCCUGAAGCUGGCAGAGAUUCUGGUGGAGGCACAAGUCCAGUGACCCCAAUGGCAGCUUGCUUGCAGGGGCGUAGCAGCAAAGAAUUGAGUCGUGUCAUUGAUCGUGUUGGCCUUUUGGGCGCCUUGUAUGUUCUUUACAAAACGUGAUCAUAUGCGUCAUGUAGGGGAGGCAACCUCCCCUGGCAUGCAUACAUUUGAAUGAUGGCAUUUAAGGAAUGAGGACAAGGCCCGCGGCCUCUGACCGGGGCUACUCGUACCGUUACACGCAUGCACAGCUGAACUCUUCAUUUUUAGAUGUAGUUUUGUGGUCUGGCAAGCCACCUUUCGUGGCGUGUGGGUGUGCAUGAUGGGACAGUGUUAAGGCAGGUUGGUGAAGUCCUGUAGGGUGCAGCCGAAUCUCAGACCCCAGCAGAUGGCAAACAGUUUGCAAUGGCGGCAGGGCAGGAGUGCGGUGGCUGGUCGGACGCCGUGUCAUGUAUUGUGCGUGUAUGGACGUGCCGCAAAGGCAGCGUACUAACGCCGUACGCGGAUCGUAAAGCGCGUUGUGGCUUGUUAAAUGCUGAAGCCCA